UUAAGUCAGAAGUGGCAUUUAACCAUGAACUUAAAAUUUAAGUCAAAACUUUUCGUUCUUUAGUUUUAGACUCUGGUCAUUAAUGAAUCAGACUUAUAAGAGCUGUUCUCGAAAUUUGAAAGGGGUUGGGAAAAAUCAAAAUGAAAUAAUAUUUAACUAUUUUCAUAUUAAUCUGGUAACUAUCAGAUCGUAUAUAGAAUAGUACCAAUCACAAUAUUUCGUCCUAAACAGCCAUUCAAACUUUAUGAGGACUGAGGAGUCCUUUUGAUAAAUUAAUUAAAUAAUGAAGUUAAUUAUGUUGUUACAGACUGGUAAAAAUGUUGAAGAAAAAGGGCAAGGGAAUUAAAACUGGUGAAGAGACGGGAGUGUCAGCUCGUCAAACCGGUUUACUGGACGCUUAUACAGAAACUCAAACAGCUGCCUCCGCUUCAGAUUCCGACAAGUUCAAAGAAGGAUAUAAGAAGAAAGGGAAGAAGAAUGAAAAGUCUAGAAAAUCUGAAUCGGAAGAUGUUGUGAAGGAAGAACCAAAGGAGGUCAAUGAGAGCUGGGAUGCAGAGGAGGAAAUAGUAGAAUCCUGGGAGGAUAUCGAGGCCCCUGAAAUGCCUGUUCCGGCCAAGGUAAAACAGGAAAUGAGGAAGCAAGAAAAACAACGGAAGAAAGAGGAAGAGAAAAAGACAAAAACGGAAAAGGUGGAAACCCCUGCCAAGAACCCUGAAGUGGAAAAAAUCUCAGAUAUGGUGGAACAUGUGAAAUUAGACGAAUCCAAUGCCAAAGUGGAAGAUCCUGGGGCCGUCAAGUCGGAACGCGACGCCAAAAAAGCCGCAAAAGCAGCGGGGAAAAAUGUCGCAAAACAGAAGAAAUCCGUUUCAGCCGCUGCAAUCCCUGAAGCCACUUCAAAAGAAAAUGCGCCAACUGAAGAUAAAAAGCUCGGUAAAGAGAAAACAGAGGAGCAAAAGCAAAAGGAGGCGGAAAAAGCUAAGCGCAAGGCGGAGUUUGAGGCGAACAUGUUGGCGGAUAAAGUUGAGAGCAAAGGAGAAGGAGGGAAAAGUAAAGCUGAAUUAAAAGCUGAACGAAGAGCAAAACAAGAUGCACAGAGAGCGGCGAAAACUCAGGAGCAGAAACAGAAGCCUGGACCAACCAAGGUUCGAAUUCCAGACGAGAUACAGGCUGACCAGAAGAAGGCCCAGGAUAAGCUGGCUAAGGUGCUCGCCACCCACAAGGUUCCUCCGAGAACUAAGGCGCAACGAUUGGUUCCUCUUUUCUCCCAUCUUCAUCAAUACGAGAAGGAUUCAUCGGUGACUAAAGAUCUUCCGGCAGUCGGGGGUUCCAUACAUCCCAGGGUUGUAGAGGUUGGAUUACAGUUAACUGAGGGUGAGGUGACAGGUAGUGAGGAGAGAUGUAAAGCUCUGUUAAGUGUUCUUGAGGAUGUUGUGUUAGAUUGUGUCUCUCAAAUAAAGGAUGUGUCACAAGUUGAUCUUUUUAAGGAAAUCGACAAUGCCUUGAAACCAAAUCUGACCUUCCUGAAGCAAUGUCGACCCCUCUCCGUAGCCAUGAGUAAUGCACUCAGGGUCAUUAAAUCUAAACUUAAAGCCAUAGACAGGAGUUUACCAAUGGAGGAACUGUGUACAGAGAUUAAAACCAUAUUUGCGGAUUUUAUCCAGGAAAACUUGCAUCUUGCUGCACAACAAAUAUCGGAAACGGGGAGACUUAAGAUUAAAAAUGGUGAUGUGCUGUUGACCUACUCCCACAGCAACCUAGUGGAGAGGUUGCUCAUAGAGGCCAGCAGGGAGAAGAACUUCAGAGUCAUUGUAGCAGACAGUAGAGUUCCCAGCAGAGGUAGAGUACUAGCAGACAAGCUUGUAAAAGAAGGUAUUGAAACUACCUACAUUCUCCUUACCGCCCUUACACAAGUAUUAGCUGGGGUCACCAAGGUGUUCCUAGGCUGUGACGGUGUACUUGCAAAUGGUUGUGUGCUUGCUCAAGUAGGAACAUCCCAGGUUGCUUUGAUAGCUGAAUCUGCCGGUAUACCUGUACUUGUUUGCUGCCAAACUUUCAAAUUCACUGAGAGGGUGCAGACGGAUAGUUUUGUAAACAAUGAACUCCUAGAUCCAAGUGAACUUGUUCCAAUCACCUCAACAAACAAUUAUCUUGAAAACUGGCGAGAUUUUCCAAGUCUUCAUCUUCUAAACCUUGUUUAUGAUAUUACUCCUGCCAGUUUAAUAACAGCUGUGAUAACUGAGCUGUCAGUGAUUCCUACAACUUCUGUCCCAGUUAUUCUUCGGUUGAAAAAUACAGAAGCUCAUCUAAUGACGUAGAAGAAAAUGAGGUGUCCAAUGUUGCAAUCAUAAAUUCUUCUCUCCUCAGUACAGUACAGUAA